UGGAGUGUGGACAUCGGAUCCCCCCCGCGGUCAUUCACUCACCGCCCGCCCGAGGAAGUGGAAAACCCAGAGCCGCCCCCUCGGGUAAGUUUUGAAAGUAACUACUGCAAUUCUUACACAUCGCUUACAUCCUCAGGUACAUCCCUCACUGCCGCAAGCAAUCACGCACACAAAAGAGCGGCUCCAGGAUGCCACGGUCCAAGGUGAAGCCGAGGGUUAAGAAGAAUAAAGGAACAGUAUCCAGCCUUCAAGCCACAGGCAAAAACCAUCUUACACUGCAACAAGAAGCACGCAACACAGAGGGCCGCAGCUCACGAAGGGUAGACACCUCUCUUCGCCACCACGUGAUACAAUUCGUCAGCGCAGGAAACACGCCAUCAGAUUUAGAUCAAGAAAAAAGUCCACGGCCUCCAGAACCUCUUUACAAACCCCAGGAUCUGUCAAAUGGAGAGUCAUCUGAUGCUGUCACGAAUUCAAGCCCAUCAUUUGUAGUUGACCAUGACCAAUGCCACUUCGAACUGCCUGAGGAGGGUCUCACUCCUAGAGCCACAUCGGACAUAGCCACAUCAUGGUCUCCGAAUACAGAUGACUCCAGCGAGGACGAGGUGGUUUUCUCGGGGCGCCGAAAUAAGGUCGCCGAGCACACUCACAGAGAACCAGGGUCGAUAUCCGUCGCCAAGUGUGCAGACAUACCCAGCCCCGCCGACGACACAAGGCGCACACUCCCUCCUGAUAUAUGCCCCGAAAGUGUCCCACCGUUCAGACCCGACAUAGCCCCAGCAGGAGAGUCCUCGGUUGGACAGGGGCUGGGUGAAUGUCCAGAUUAUAUCAGUCUCAAGGUCAAAAGGACAGACAAGAAGGAGAAGACGAUGCGGAGGCUUUCCAAGACAGACGAAGACGCUGUCCUAGCUGAUUAUAUCGCAAACAUGGAUGAUGAAUAUUCUAUCCUGCAGGGCGGACGCAGCCAGGAUAGAGGUUCUGAAGCGUAUACCAUGGCGAAGACAGGUCAUUCACCACGUUUCAACAGCAGCAGGGGACGUGCCGAUAGAGCAACAUCAUCUCGUAUUGUAGCCGCUCGCCAGGGUUCCUCAAAGGAGUGCGUCGACCGUGCAGGAUGCAAUGAUUCGGAGGUGAGACUGACAACACAGGGCCUGUUGAUUGCCCCAGGUACGGAUGGACACAGGGAAAGCAGUCAACUGAUCGACAAUGAUCCCGAGCACGCGGAGGGGGGUGGAUUGAACAGCACAGUGCUGCCAGACUCGUCCUCUGAUAUUGAUUCUGCUCAUGGAAACGAAUGGGAGACUCGAGAUCCCUCUUCAGAUGUUCAACAAGAACAUGACGAAGAGGAAAGCAUGUUUGCAUCGGCGAAUGCGUUUGCUGACGCGCUAGAUCUUGAUCCUUACUACGGGUUUGAUAUCAUGGACUUCAACCGACCCAGUCUGAAGCAAAAGCCCAAACGGACUGGUCGUGGAUUCAAUGCUUACUUACCCGACAGUGACUUGGAGGCGGAACUCUUGAUUGCAUGGGAAACCGACCGCGCUAGGAAAAAAUCGAGAAAGCAGCAAAGAGAGCAACUUCGCUCUGAAGGGUUGCUUGGUCGACGAAAUGCCGAGCCAGAUCUCAGGGUGAAGUAUGCGAAAGGAAUGGACAGCACCGAACUGAAGAUGGAAAUACGACUUUUUCUGCUGUCAACAAAGCAUAGGUACCUUCCGACACCUUCAUUGUAUUCUCCAGUAUUUAGACUAACGCAAUAUGGCACCAACAGCUUGGUUCUCCCUCCAAUGGCGAAGCAACAACGAAAGCUAGUGCAUGAACUGGCAAACAUGUUGUGUCUCACUUCGCAGUCACGGGGUAAAGGAACAAAUCGAUUUCCAAUCAUGAACAAGACGUCACGGACUCCAGGCUUUACCCAGCAAACCAUCCCUCAAUUGGAACGAAUACUGUCGAAGGGCAAGUACGUCCAACGAGGCUCCAAAUCUUGGGACCACAAGGCGACAAAACCAGCGAAAGCUCGACGUGGCCGCCCCGACGCAUCGGCAACAUACAUGGAUGGGGAAGUUGUUGGUGCUUCGGCACCAGAAAUUGGCGCAGGAAACCGAGGGAGGGCUAUGCUUGAAAAGAUGGGUUGGAGCAUUGGCACACCCUUGGGGGCUACCAACAACAAGGGUAUCCUACAGCCGGUGGCGCACGUUGUAAAGAACUCUAGGGCUGGCCUUGGCUAGAUUGACGUCUUAGGAGACGCCUGCAGCAGGCCUCGCUAAUCACUUUGAUCAAAGUUCGUUUUGUAGAAGCAGCUUGCCAGUAGUACUUCAUGAAGUUUUCGAG